AUGUCCGCUUCCAAUCAGGCUCAACAUUCCUCAGAGCAGAAAUCAUCCCACCGUGUCCUCCGGGCUUGUGACCGAUGUCGUUACCGUAAGGUACGCUGCGAUGGAAACUCACCUUGCGCGGGUUGUCGUCCCGGAGGACAUGAUUGUGUCUUCCGUCCUCCACGACAGACCCGUCAAAGGAGACAGCAUACUCGUCACUUCGCUGAGGGACCUCAGGGUGGUUUUCAGAGAGAACCCUCAACAUACCAACAGCUUCAACUCCCCGAAUCAUCUCUAAUAGCGCCAUUGCGCUCCACUGCCCAUGUACUGCAAGACCCGGUACACUUCAAACGACAAAUGGAGCUACGCGCCGGUAUUGGUGUCACCAAUGUAGAAACGGGCUCCUUUCAAUUUUAUGGACCGUCGUCUCAUUUUUGCUUCAUUGAGCGCAUGUGCCAACGGAUAGACCGAACGACAAAUGAGACCAUGUUAAUCCCGAGAGCCUCAACUGCGGGCAGUUUAGGCAAAUGGAAUCUCGAGCGUUUCAUGUUCUUGAUGGACGGUAACCAUCCGGCCAGUACAAACCCUGAAGCUUAUAUUUCACGGGAGAUAGACACCUCACUCAUCCAGUCAUUCUUUGAAAUAAUACACCCGUAG